AUGCAGAAGGCCGAGCAGGGUCGCAACAAGGACAUUGCGCGUCUCACGUUCCCUGCCGAUAGUGGCCCUCUCUUUACAAGAAAACAUGAGAUACACGCGCGACCGGAUGCGAGGAGGUGGCCGAUUGCUCUACGAAAUGAUGCGGGACCGUCUUGGAAGCGGUGGAUCCAUGCAUGGCCAUGGAGUGGAGCUCAGCCCAAGCCGCUAGAAGGCCAGCGAGGGCUUCUGGUUGCAUGCGCCCUCUGCACGCUUGCAUGUGAGAUGGCUGGUGGGUGCGGCGGUGCUUCCAGGGUUGUGACUUUGCUUAUCAGCCACUUCUCUUUGCCUCGUGCGGUGUUCAACGCAUCGAGCGAGGAGAACUGCAACAUGAUCAAGUCGCGGCUUUGGGCAGAGUGCCGUAGACGGUACGGGUACGGGGAGGCAAUCCGCUCCAAGGCGUCCGGGCAAGCCCUCGCAGCCCAAACGAGUGUUAUCGAGGCGCGGAGGAUGACCGGCAUGUUCAUCACAACACAGCCUGCUUCUGGCAUGUCUGCUUUCACAUGCGUGACAUAUCAGGUCAGCGUGGGGUUCACAGAAAAGCGCUACUCUGUGGCUUGUGUGGCCGUCGCUGGGCUGAUGGCGAGUGCAGGUGGCCACUCCUUUCUUUUUCCGGACAUGCACUUACGGCAUUGGCAAAACGAGCUUGCGGUCUGA